GUGAUCCGAUCUCUUAUCGAUAUUUACAAGUACAUGUAUGUUUAGGUGCAAAGCUCUUAUUUUAUCAAAGUGUAAUCGAAUUAAUGAGAAGGUUUAUGAAUUUGAUACUGAUUUGUUAUAAUUCUCAAUUUAAUUCAUCAGUUUAUUGUGGUUGAUCAACUUGUUUAAUAAAUAAUUACUCAAUUUCUAAGAUGGCCUUAGCAAAAUUUCCUGUUACUUUUUUCUUCGAUGUACUCUCACCUUAUUCUUACAUAGGUUUUGAGAUUUUGACAAGGUACAAUAAAGUUUGGACGAAAAUGGACUUAAAAUUGAAACCUUGUUCUAUCUUCCAUGUUUUCAAGGAAUCUGGUAACAAAGCUCCAAUGACCAUUCCAGCUAAAGGGGCUCACUUGACACACGAUCUUAACAGAGUUUCAAAAAUGGCUGAGAUUCCAUUUGGUGUUCCUAGUAAUUUCUUGUCGCUAGCUUUUGAACAAGGUUCAUCCAAGACACUCAAAUUUAUAGCCGCUGGAGACUUUGUCACCCAAUCUAAAGCUACUGAAAAUUUAACGAGACAAAUAUUCAAGCGUGUGUUUGCUAACAAUCCAGGACUUGAGAUUUCAUCUCCACAAGCUUGGCUUGAAGCAGGAAAUGCUGCAGGCAUUGAUGAUUCAACCUUGAGUGAAAUCAUCAUUCAAGCCGAAAAACCACAGUUUAAAGCAAAGGUGGUUGAAAACACUAAAGAAGCAGUUGGUUUUGGUGCAUUCGGUCUUCCAAUAACUGUUAUCCACGCCCCAGAAGGUCCAAUCAUGCUAUUUGGCUCUGAUAGAAUUGAACUUCUCGCUCAUCUUAUUGGUGAAACUUAUCUUGGACCAAAUCCAAUAAAAAAGUCAAAUCUAUAAUUUUAUUACAUGUGUAAAAACGUUAUAUUGGUUAUUGUUAUUUGUAAUUCGGAUUGAUAUUUGUAUACAUUUUUAAAAGUGCUUUACAUCAAAAUUAAAAUUUUAUUAGACCUUA